UAAAUUUAUAGGCGACACACGCAUGCGUGGCGCGAGCGUGGGGUAACUCAAACGGAUUUGUUGGAAACGUGGGAAGCAUCUCUCGUUUUCUGCUCUAUAAAGCGAAAGCGGUAAGAACUGCGAAAUACUACAAACAGGCUACAUAUUUCUACAUAGUCAUCAUCAUGCCAGCAAAAGCAGGUAAAGGGAAAAAAAGAACACUUCCGAAAAAUGAACUGGAUGCCAGCGAUAAACAGAAAAGCAUUGUUGCAUCACCUAAACGGGUGAAGGUGAGCCAUCCAUCCUAUAGAACUGCUGGGGGUGUUGUCUUAACGUGUGGUGAAAAUGAUGUCGGACAGCUUGGUCUUGGUGCUGAUGUUGCUGAGAAAAUGAGAGUUUCCUGUGUAACUAUUCCAGAGCCAGUAAAGCAAGUGUGCGCAGGGGGUAUGCACACAGUCUGCCUUACACUCACGGGAAAGGUGUUUACAUUUGGUUGCAAUGAUGAAGGGGCCUUGGGCCGAGACACAUCAGAGGAGGACAGCGAUACUGUUCCAGGUCUUGUGGAAGGUUUAAGUAAUGUGGUACAAGUCUCUGCUGGUGACAGUCACACUGCAGCAUUAACAGAAGAUGGCAGAGUCUUUGCUUGGGGAAAUUUCAGGGAUGCAAAUGGAUUGAUUGGAUUGACCAAAAAGGGCAUUGAGAAGAAACCCAUUGAGAUGUUGCCAGAUGCAGUGGUUGUCAAGAUUUCAUCUGGCAGUGACCAUCUUGUUUGUCUCACAGACCUUGGAGAGAUUUACACACAAGGCUGCGCAGAGCAGGGACAACUUGGUCGAAUAGCUGAAUGCUUUUCUGCACGUGGUGGACGCCAUGGGCUAGAAACUAUUCUAAAUGCUGGUCUAGUACGAUGCAGGAAGUUCAAGACACGUAAAAUGGCAAAAUUUUCUGAUAUCUGGACUGGUCAGUACAUGACGUUUGCUCAAGAAAAGGAAACUGGAGAUAUAUAUGCUUGGGGCCUGAACAAUUACUACCAGCUUGGUUUUGGAGAUAUGGAAAACCGUUUCUUGCCUGAGCGUGUACAGUCAUUCUGUGCCAUGGGUCGCCAGUGGCAGACGAUUAGUGGAGGCCAACAUCAUGCCAUUGCUCUUGACUCUGAUGGUAAGGUUUAUACUUUAGGCAGGGCAGAUUAUGGGCGUCUUGGACUAGGUGAAGGUUGUGGAGAAAAGUCUGAACCAACACUUGUUGAAAGCCUCAAAUCAGAAACUUGUGUAGAUGUUGCAGCGGGUGGCUGCGUAUCAUUUGCUGUUACUAAAGUUGGAAAGGUUUUCUCCUGGGGCAUGGGUACCAACAAGCAAUUAGGCUUGGGAUCUGAGGAUGAUGCAUGGGUUCCCACUGAAGUCACUGGGAAGCAGUUAGAAAACAGGGCAAGUCUUAUGGUUUCUUCAGGUGGUCAGCACACCGCCCUUUUGGCAAAGAAUGUAACUGUUGGCACAGUGCCUUGAUAGGACUUUUAAAACUUGCACCUGACAGUACAUUAUCUUGGAAGAGUUAUUUUUCAGUCUAGAGGUGGAGAAUGUUGUUAAUGUUGCCAUGUAUUACCAAAAAGGAAAAUCUUGAUGUUGAAAUUAUAUUCCCUCAAACCAGGUGUAGGAAUUACCAGAUGAACGUGAGAAAAUUAUGGUUAUUGUAAAUUUUUUAGAUAGCAAUUUUUAGUGAUUAAUCUUGCAUAAAUUGUUCAUGUUCACUUGGCAGCAGUUUAAACCAUUAACAUAUUUAUUGUUUAAACGCAUGUAUUUAAGCCAGAAAGUUGGAUCAUUUAUAAUGUUCACAUAACUGAUAUCAGAUCUUUAGAAUUGUGUGCAUUAACAUUCAGGUCUUCAUGGCAAGGUUAAAACAAUUUUGACUAGCCCUAACCUGGUUUUGUCACCUUUUCAAUGAUGAGAAACAAGGUUAUUUUUUUUUUCCUCCAAAUGCCUUUUCCCUAAUUUUGUUUGCUUGUUUGUCUUUUUUUUUGGGGGGGAAGGGGGGAGAGAUUAGUUCUGGAAUUAAGAGGUAGUUAAAGUAACACUUAAUUAAAAUUCAAUUAGUUAUUAGUUAUCUGCAAUGAAACCAAUAUUGUAAACAACUAACUGCACUAAGCAGAUAUGGUCAUUUUCAUAUAUUCUGCUUCUGGAAAUUUGUUGCUUGACCCAUAGGAUUAAAUCCUUAUGAUUUUUUUUUUUAAAUCAUGCUUUUAGUUUAAGACUUUAGCUUUUAUUUUGAAUCAUAUGACUUCUGGCAACAAAAAAUUACUGCAAUAUUUCAAAGUAGAUAUGUAAUCAAGUUUUAUUAGUCCCCAUUUAAACUUCUUAAACUAAUAUGAUUUUCAAUUAUGUUCUUAUAAUUAUCUAUAUAUAGCUUUUUAAAACAACUUUAAACCACUGCCAUCAAAAUUAUUAGACAUUUAUGGUUCAAAUGGCUAGAAGCCUAAAACCCUUUUGUCUAUCCUCCAAUACCAUUCCCUUUGUGCUGUUUUGAAAAAUUUCUUUGGCCAUCUUGUUAUCUUGCCCUCUUUCCGUCCACUGCAAAUGAGAGGAGGGGUUGGCAACGUAAAAGAUCAGAGAGUGUGGUUUGCUAAUCUUUACAGUUCAGUCGAUUAUUUAUAGUCGACAAACCACAACUGAAUUGUAAAGAAUAAUAAUAUAAAUAUUGUGCAGCAGUACAAUGUACAUAAGUGUACAUAUUUAGAGUCAACAGCAGACUUUUGUUGUACUUAAUUAUAAUGAGCCAUGCUCUAAACCUUCCUGAGUGGAUACAUCAGCUUCUAUGCAUUGUUAGAACCAAGGGCCAUAAAACAACCAUAAAUACACAAACGAUAGUGUGUCUCAAGCAUGACAUUCAAUACUGAAAACAAAGUAGGCAUAUGGCAGCAAGAUGAUGUGGCAGGAAAAGUGAGGUAUGAGUAGAUGAGGGCAAGAGCAAACUGCUUUUCGAGGUGUGGUUGUUGGGUAUACCUCUGUAAUGUAGUAAGGCUACUUUUCUGCAGAUCAUAGAUAUAUAUUUUUAGUGUGAAUGUGUUGUGCUGGUGGAUAAUGAUAGUGAUGGAGCUGGUUCUUCUAGAGACUGAAAACUGGGAAUACUAAUCUUUUAAGGAAUGAUUGUCUUUAACUGUUGUUGCAGAAUUAAUGCUCACAGUUCACAUUUUAUAUGUUUAUAUUUUUAAUGUUUGCUGUGCAGAUAUCUGUUUCAUUCUGUCAUUGCAAAUUAAAUCUUGUUGAAUGAAUUUAGGAACAUUUAUUUGGUUGCAAUAAAGAAGUACUUUGCUGUCAGUA